ACCUUUAAAAUAAGUAUUUGUUCCAGGGGGAAGCGCAUCAGCGACGGACUCAUACCGGAUUUCGGAUUAACAGCGUCACGAUAAUAUUUACGAACGUGUUGCUGAAGAUAGCAACGUUCACGUCUUGUUCAGAAUGACCGAGAAGACGGAGACCCUGCAGGAGUACGAGGAACUGUUCGCCCACCGGUUCUCAGCCGAGGACCCCGAGUACCAGAAGUACCAGAACCGAGCAGCCGACCCGCCGCCCCUGGUCGAGGACUGGAGGGGUCGAGCGGGGGGGAACCAGAGAGGAAGAGACAACAGGUACCCGGACCGUCGUGGGCACAGAGGUCGUGGUUGGGGAGGAGACCGAGACCGAGACCGAAGCUGGGGGGGAGACCGUCGUGAGCAGAACUGGCAUGACAGAGACCGAGACCGAGACAGAGACAGAGACCGAGACGGAGACAGAAGCAGAGACAGAAGCCGAGACAGGGACAGGGACCGAGACAGGCACUGGGGACAUGGGAGCGGUCAAUCAGGCUCCAACCAGGGCUCCCAUCAACAGAGACCACAUUAUGACCGCUACUGAUCUGUAAUGUCUCAGGUGGUAUCAGUAUUUAUGGUAUUCAUUCAUAUUCAGCUACUUGUUAAAACAUGCAUUGCAGUAUGGCACAUGACAAUAUGCAACUGUGUAUUUGUUGGUGUAGCUCUAAUUACUACAGUAUCAAUAUUAAUACUUUAUUACCCGCCAUUAUAAUUUGUAAUAUGUGAUGCAGUUUUAUUGUUUGAGUAAAAAAAAAAAAACAUACCAAAUAUAAUCAGUUUUUUUGAAUUUUCCCAGAAGGAUUUCUUCCUGUAGAAAAUGAGUUUGUUUAACUUCCAUCUUCCUUUUUUAUACAUAAACAAUAUUUUUGACUCGCGUUGCUUCAUACAGUAUUAAAACUUAAAGUUAAAUAACAUGAGUUUCUCAAACCUUUCACAUCCUUUAGUAUAUUCAUCACAUUGUAACUAGGAAGUUUCACUGGUAGUUUGUGUCCUGAUGGGUACUUGUUUUUGACAUGGUUUGAUGUAUUAUUAUGAAUUAUGCAGUACAGUAUCAGUAUUGCUGCAGAUGGUGAAUAUACAGAUACAAUCUAUUUGUAAUGCAGCUUUAUUUUUCUGUGUCACAUUGUUUCAUAAGAAUCUAAUUGUACUGUUGUCAAUAAAUGCGUAUUUUCACAA